AUGGAAAACUACACUGUAAUCACGGAGCUCGGCUCUGGAAACUAUGGAACAGUUUACAAAGCGCGUGAAAACAAAAAGGGAACCCUUGUUGCCAUCAAGCAUAUGAAGCAGAAAUAUAAAUCAUGGUCAGAGUGUGUCACUCUCAAGGAGGUUAAGUCCUUGAUUAGAAUGAAGGAGCAUCCUAACAUCGUAAAACUGAUGGAGGUCGUGCGGCAAAAGGAAGAUCUCUAUUUUGUCUUCGAGUACAUAAACUCGGGAAACCUGUUCGACUUCGUUGUUCAGCAGCGCUCUGCGGGCAUCAAGAUAAGUGAGCUAGUAGCAAAGGACCUAGUUAGGCAGAUCCUAGAAGGCUUGGAGCAUAUCCACCGCAAUAAUUACAUGCACAGAGACCUUAAGUGUGAGAAUAUUCUUGUUUCGGACGACGGUACUGGGACACGAUGCGUCAAGAUAGCGGAUCUCGGAUGUGCCAAGUCCCUCUUGGAGCGUCCUCCACAUACAGUCUACGUGGGAACAAGAUGGUACAGAGCAGUGGAGCUUUUCCUUAAAGAUUCAAGCUACAGCGCAAAGAACGAUAUAUGGGCAUGUGCGUGCAUUCUCUGCGAGAUACUGCUGAUGAAGCCUCUGUUCCCGGGGGCUAACGAUAUAGAUAUGCUCAAUCUGAUCACCUCGACACUAGGGUCACCUACGCGAGAGGAUUGGCCUGCAGGAUAUGCAUUGGCUGAGCGAAUAGGAUACAAGUUUCCGCGCGCUACGCAGUCUAGGCAGGAGAAACUCCGAUAUCUAUUCCCCAAUGUCACGGAAGACUGCAUCAACCUUCUCUCCCGUAUGUUUGAGUUUGAUCAAAAUAAGCGUCUCAGUGCCCAGGAUUGUCUCCGGCACCCGUGGUUUGUCAACACAUGCCCUACAACAGCUGCUGCUUCUGCGUCCUCAAGUUUCGUUGGGACUACAGGCGUGGGAGGUGAUGAUGCCAGUACAGAGGGACUUAGUGUAGCUCGGAACGCCCUUCAGCGAGCGACUCGGGCAACAGAUCUCAACCUAGAUUUGCUCAAUGGGGGCAAUCCGUAUGCACAUGGAGAUAUUCUGCCGAGCUAUGCCCAGAAAAAGGCCAAGACAACUAAGGAGUUGAUCGAGCUGGACCACAAUGAUGAGCUACAUGACAACAAUAUGCUAGAUAUGAUAGAUGACAUGUUCUAG